UCAGCAGACUCUUGUACGUAUUAUUUGAGAGUUAGAGUGAUGGUGAUGGUGAUGUGAUGGUGGAUGCCAGUGUGUGGGUAUUCUGAAAGACCCGAGAGCCGAGCAGAAGGAGAUACAUGGUGGGAGUCGCAAAACUACCGAGUAAGAGAGUAAGCGAGACACCGAAGAAAGAGGAUUCAGCGCUGAGGUGAAGAGCGAGAGGACUUUUCUUGUAUCCGCUGCUGUAGUAGUGGAGUAGUCAUCGUCUUCGUCGUCGUCGUCGUCGUCGUCGUGUGCUUUGUGUCCAAGUGUUGUGCAUUUAUAUCUACGUAUAUGUAUUUUUUUAUCAAAGGGAACCAAGGUGUCAAGUGGUGAAAUAUUAAAAGGAUUUUGUAUAAAAUGAGACCGGGAGGUGAGGAGAGACUAGAGAGUAGUAGUGGAUCGAGAGGGAGACUCAGUCGUGCGCGCGAGAGGGCAAUACUCGGACCAUUCCAAGACCAAGAAGAAGACAACGUUAUAGAGUACAUUUCUUCUUUCUCAGAUCAUCACCAUGGUGCAUUUUAUCGUGGUACACGAUACUCAUCGUCUUCUUGCCCAGUGGAUCAUUCAGCGCCAUCAUUUAAUCGGAUUACCAAGUAUAAAGAGUUAAAGAGAGAAACUGGCAACGACACGCGGUCGCUAAACUUUUUUUUAUUAUCUGUCCGCGAGAGCCUCGUGCUCAUCAGAAAUCGCAUGGCAUAUCUUGACUUUUUUAUUUUUCACUGGUAUGUUGCUAAAUUUACAAGCUUAAAAAAUUAA